AACAUGGACAUCCGACCAAACCACACCAUUUACAUCAACAAUGUAAACGAUAAGUCAAAAAGAAGGUACAUGAAGCGCUCGCUCUACGCGCUCUUCUCGCAGUUCGGCCAGGUCGUCGACAUCGUGGCCCUGAAGACCAUGAAGAUGAGGGGUCAGGCCUUCGUCGUCUUCAAAGAGCUCGCCGCGUCCACCAACGCACUGAGGCAACUUCAGGGCUUCCCCUUCUACAACAAGCCCAUGAGGAUACAGUACGCGAAGACGGACUCCGAGGUCAUCGCCAAGGUGAAAGGCACGUACGGCGACAAGGACAAGAAGAAGGACAAGAAGAAGAAGGCUCUGGAGCCGGCAACCAGCCUCCUGAAGAAACCAGCAGUGGGAUCAGCAGCAGCACCUGUGCACUCCAACGCAGUACAGGUGCCGGACAAUCCACCAAACUACAUCCUGUUCCUCAACAACCUGCCUGAAGAGACCAAUGAGAUGAUGCUCUCCAUGCUGUUCAACCAGUUUCCUGGUUUCAAAGAGGUGCGUCUCGUCCCGGGGAAACACGACAUCUCCUUCGUGGAGUUUGAGAGCGACACGCAGGCGGGCGUGGCUAAGGACGCGCUGCAGGGCUUCAGGAUCACGGCGACCUGCGCCAUGAAGAUCACGUACGCCAAGAAGUAGUUCCCACCGCCAGAGGGAGGAUUUCCGUUGUGUCGUCAGAUGCUUUUUUGAUUUUUGUAAAUGCGUUUUUUUUUUUUUCAUGGAGCUCAAGGCGAAUAAUCGCCAGCCUGCAUCUUGUUUUGUAAAAUAAAAGUCUUUUACAUUA